CCUAAAACAGGCCCAGUCCGAACUUGUCUGUUCUUACAGUACGUACUGAGGGGUCCUAAAACCCUAGCCUCCGUCUCGUUGCUUCUGUUUAAGGACAUUUGAUUUGCUUCUCUCUCAGCAGCAGCAGCAGCGAGGCACCCCACAACAACAAUGGGUAUCGAUUUGAAGGCCGGCGGCAAGAGUAAGAAGACCAAGAGGACAGCUCCAAAGUCUGAUGAUAUCUACCUCAAGCUCCUCGUCAAGCUGUACCGGUUUUUGGUGAGGAGGACAGGCAGCAAGUUCAAUGCGGUGAUACUGAAGAGACUCUUCAUGAGCAAGACCAAUAAGCCUCCUCUUGCUCUCUCUCGUUUGAUCACUUACAUGAAGGGCAAGGAGGGUAAGAUUGCAGUGGUUGUUGGGACAAUAACUGAUGAUAUUAGGGUUUAUGAGGUUCCUGCACUCAAGGUUACUGCCUUGAGGUUCACCGAAACUGCCAGGGCUAGAAUUGAGAAGGCAGGUGGUGAAUGCUUGACUUUUGACCAGCUUGCUCUUCGUGCUCCUCUUGGUCAGAACACGGUUCUUCUCAGAGGUCCCAAGAAUGCUCGUGAGGCUGUGAAGCACUUUGGACCAGCUCCUGGUGUGCCACACAGCCACACCAAACCCUAUAUACGAUCAAAAGGAAGGAAAUUUGAGAAGGCUAGAGGUAAAAGGAACAGCAAGGGAUUUAGGGUUUGAGUGUGGUAUCUCACGCAGAAAAUACAGCCAAAUCCAAGCAGAUGCAUCAUCUAUAAUCCAAUAUGCAAUUUGUUUGUUUUAUCUUUUCUUUUCUUAUCCUCACGUCUUGAACAAUUAUUUUGUCUUAGAAGUUAAAAGUUUCGUUUUUUCAAUAUUUUGAUCCGAGCAACGAUUUGUUUGUCAACUGGGUGAUUAAUGGUUUACUUCUGAAUUUCAGCAAUGUUACCGUUACUGAUA